GUGAAAAGUUAAACAAUACUGAGGCCAGGCAAAGCUGAAUCGAUCUUGUGCCAAAGCGCAUGUGCCUCGUCCGCGUGCGAACGGUGCAUCCGGAGCAGCUCGGAGGGUUGCCCAGCGAGCCAUCGACGCCAUCUCCCGAGAAACACUGAGCCCUGCUUGCAAACUUUCCCCUGCCAGAAGUUGUGAGGGGGAGAAGCCCGGGACCGGCGGGGAGGUCUUCUGCACUGACCAAGCCGCUGCAUCCUGAUCUUGGUGGCAAGGCGAGCUUCCAACCCACGCGCCCGUGUCGCCGGAGCCACCGAGGCGGUCAGGAGCACGAUCCUCUGCCCCCGGUUUUGGGGAAGGAGAGAGCAGCAUGCUGGCUGCUGCGCCCGCAGCCAGCACCCAGACCCUCUGUGUCUGACCCGGCAGUGGUGUCGGGGCAGUGGCAGCGAUGGCCGCAGCGAUCGCCAGCUCCCUGAUCCGCCAGAAGAGACAAGCCCGGGAGCGUGAGAAAUCCAAUGCCUGCAAGUGUGUCAGCAGCCCCAGCAAGAACAAGGGAAGCUGCGACAAGAACAAGUUGAAUGUGUUUUCCAGAGUCAAACUCUUUGGCUCCAAGAAAAGGCGAAGGCGGCGACCAGAGCCUCAGCUUAAAGGUAUAGUCACAAAACUAUACAGCAGGCAAGGAUACCACUUGCAGCUACAAGCAGAUGGAGAAAUUAAUGGAACAAAAGAGGAGGACAGUACUUAUACUUUGUUUAACCUCAUCCCUGUGGGUUUACGAGUGGUGGCUAUUCAGGGGGUUCAAACAAAAUUAUAUUUAGCAAUGAACAGCGAAGGAUACCUAUACACAUCAGAACAUUUUACCCCCGAAUGCAAGUUCAAAGAAUCAGUAUUUGAAAACUACUAUGUGACAUACUCUUCAAUGAUCUACAGACAGCAACAGUCUGGCAGGGGUUGGUACCUGGGUCUUAACAAAGAAGGCGAAAUCAUGAAAGGAAACCAUGUGAAGAAAAACAAACCCGCCGCGCACUUUCUUCCCAAACCAUUAAAAGUGGCCAUGUACAAAGAGCCUUCUCUCCACGAUCUCACAGAGUUUUCAAGAUCUGGGAGCGGGACCCCGACAAAAAGCAGAAGUGUUUCGGGAGUGUUAAACGGGGGUAAAUCCAUGAGCCAGAACGAAUCGACGUAGCCAGGUUCAGGCAAGCCAAGUGCUCUAUCAAAGGAACCUUACCUCGGGAUGCAGUUGAAUUCUUACUAGCAGUCUUUCAUCCAAAAGUUCAGUCGUCAGGACAAGCCACCGAACUUGCAUAGAUCACUUGUUUUAUCAGCCAUUAGAUCUUCUGGUUGUCAAAGGAUAUAUCCCAAUAAUGUAGAAGAUGCUUGUGCAUAUCAUGAGGCACUUGAAUAGCCAGCAAAACAUACCUGCGGAAUAACUCUCGGAGAAGAAUUGUCCAGCUCUCUCUUUCUCUCUCUCUCUUUCUCUCUCUAUGCUUUGUGGAAAACUAAACAAAAAAAUAAACAUUUUGCAGCAUUCACUGCUGAUAAGAAUUUGCUUUCCAACUAAGAAAAAAAAAAAAAAAAGACCACUUUUGCUCUUCAAAGGAAAUUUUAAUGCUUAUAUGUUUUAUAGGGGCAAACACAAAUAAUGUAAACUCUGUUGUUUUCUUGGCUUACCGUUUUAUAUCUAAGGCUUGAUAAAAAAAAAAUGUAUCCUUUAAUUUGGAAUAGUGCAACUUUCUGCGUUCUGAACUCCAAUGGGUCUUUAAAGCUGUAUCUUUCAAAACAUAAUCGAUUCAGGGUUGGAACUGAGAGUCGGUGUCUCAGCCUCAAGCAAACAGUGUUCUUGUGAUUUUAAACACAACGAAAUAUAAAAUUUUUAUAGAUUUGUAGUAUUCUGGUCAAGUUCUUGUGCUGACCCCAGUCUGUAGGAAUUGAAUUGUUUUGUUAACCCGAGUCAGUGGAAGAUAACACACAGGGAGAAACUAUCCCCCCAACGUAGCUUUCUCUUAAUUCCAUUUUGUGUGUCAUGUUAAACUAUUGUCGUGGCUUCUUUUCUAAAGACAGAAACUGUGGAAUUAAGGUGACUUAAUUUUUUUACGAGAAACGUCUUAUUUGUAAAAGUCCUUCUUUCACUGUAAUGGGCACGUGAAUAUUGUGUAGGAGGAAGCGUUAGGAUCGGUUACCCCUAAACAACGUAUACUUAUACAUGCUAUUGGGAAGGGAAAAAAAAAAAAAUCGUUUAAAAAAUUUAGUUAGGUUUCCAUUUAGGUCAUCGUAUCUGUUGCAUGGGAGAAAGUUGGAAUAUGGGCCUAGAGUUGCAUGACGUGUAAGAUUUUGUGCGUUAAUCAUCGUUGGAUUCUGUGCUCCAAAACUGACAUCGUUCUGUGCAAGCAGGUUUCUGCCUUGUGCAAGAGUUGUUAUAUUAUUUGUUGUAUACACACCCAUGCACUGAAUAAACUAUUUAUAUUAAGAUGUA